CUCAGCAUCUCCACCCAACCAGCAGAAAACCGGUCUCUGAGGUUCCACCAAAAUAUGGAACUUGAUUUUGGACAUUUUGACGAAAGAGAUAAGACAUCCAGGAACAUGAGAGGCUCGCGGAUGAACGGGCUACCUAGCCCCACUCACAGCGCCCAUUGUAGCUUCUACCGAACCCGAACCUUGCAGGCACUGAGCAACGAGAAGAAAGCCAAGAAGGUACGUUUCUACCGCAAUGGGGACCGCUACUUCAAGGGGAUUGUGUACGCUGUGUCCUCUGACCGUUUUCGCAGCUUCGACGCCUUGCUGGCUGACCUGACACGAUCUCUGUCUGACAACAUCAACCUGCCUCAGGGAGUGCGCUACAUUUACACCAUUGAUGGAUCCCGGAAAAUUGGAAGCAUGGAUGAACUGGAGGAAGGGGAAAGCUAUGUUUGCUCCUCAGACAACUUCUUUAAGAAGGUGGAGUACACCAAGAAUGUCAAUCCUAACUGGUCUGUCAAUGUGAAGACAUCUGCCAAUAUGAAAGCCCCUCAGUCCCUGGCCAGCAGCAACAGUGCCCAGGCCAGAGAGAACAAGGACUUCGUGCGCCCCAAACUGGUGACCAUCAUCCGCAGUGGGGUGAAGCCUCGGAAGGCUGUGCGUGUUCUUCUGAACAAGAAGACAGCCCACUCUUUUGAGCAAGUCCUCACUGAUAUCACUGAAGCCAUCAAACUGGAGACCGGGGUUGUCAAGAAACUCUACACUCUGGAUGGAAAGCAGGUAACCUGUCUCCAUGAUUUCUUUGGCGAUGAUGAUGUAUUUAUUGCCUGCGGUCCUGAAAAAUUUCGCUAUGCUCAGGAUGACUUUUCUCUGGAUGAAAAUGAAUGCCGAGUCAUGAAGGGAAACCCAUCAGCCACAGCUGGCCCCAAGGCAUCCCCAACACCUCAGAAGAGUUCAGCCAAGAGCCCUGGCCCCAUGCGCCGGAGCAAGUCUCCAGCUGACUCAGGUAACGACCAAGACGCAAACGGAACCUCCAGCAGCCAGCUCUCUACCCCCAAGUCUAAGCAGUCUCCCAUCUCUACGCCCACCAGUCCUGGCAGCCUCCGGAAGCACAAGGACCUGUACCUGCCUCUGUCCUUGGAUGACUCAGACUCACUUGGUGAUUCCAUGUGAAGGAGGAGAGAGUCCAGAAUACAAAUGCAAGCUUACCAUUACAAUAGGGUACUUCUGCUCAAGUGUCCAACAGGGCUAUUGGUGCUUUCAAAUUUUUAUUUUGUUGUUGUUGUUGUUACUUUUAAAAACACACUGUAAUAUGUUGGGUUUAUUUUCCUGUGAUUUCUCCUCUGGGCCACUGAUCCACAGUUACCAGUUAUAAGAGAUAGAUUGAUAACCAUCCUUUGGGGGUAACUUUCCAGGGAUGCAAAAUGUACUAGUCCAUGAUCUUUCUAUUGGAUACUUAGGCACCUGCAUUAUUUUCCCCCAUCUCGCUUUCCUCAUCUGUGACAGCCUUCCCUCUGCAGAGAGUUUUUUACACACAUAGCACUUAAGAUGUGUGUGGUGGCAGGGAGGGGAAAAUCUUUGGCAAAUUCAAGAGUGACAAACAUAAGCGUCCCUUGUCUCCCCAUCUCAAGAAAGCUGGAGGAUCCUGGGAGGACGGCAAGGCAGCUCCCCAGCCUGGCACUUCACUCCUAAUUGAAACUCUAGUUUGUUGUUUAGCACUAAUUCUGGAUGCCAAGAGGGAGAAGCACCAGCAACUUGUCAUUCUGACUCCAGAGGCUUAGGACCCUGGUGUAGGAUAUCUUAAAGAGACUAGGCAAAAUUGGAAAACACUGUAGACAUUUCAAUAGUGUUUAUAAAGCACAGUGAAUUCCUUGUCAACAUCUCCACUGGGGCAAUUUAGAGUCAAUAAGCAAUUAAUAACAGUUGGGGGUGAGGGGCUUUCAUAUACCUGGGUCCUCUAAGAGGCUGUCUACCCUAGCGAGUUAGGACACAAACUGUACGGUAUCCAUCUAUCUCUGUUCUAUUGAAUGCCUUGUAAACAGCCAACACUGAAAACACUGUGAGAAUUUGUUUUCAGGUCUGACACCUUUCAGUCGCUUUUUAUAGCAAGAAACCAAUAUCCUUUUUAUAAAACCUUGUGUCUGUAUUUCAGGAGCAAACUCUUCAGGCUCCUUUUUUAUAAACUGGUGAUUUUUCUUUUGUCUAAAAAACACAUGCAGAAAAUUUACCAAAAAAAAAUGCAGAAGAAUAAUGUAGUUUAGAAAUCAUGCUGUCACUGCCAAACAGAAACUUCCAGGAAAAAAAAAAAAACAAAAUGAAUAGCAGAGGCCAAUUCAAUAGAAUCAGUCUUUUGAUAACUUUUUAACAGUUAUGCUUACAUUAAUAAUUUCAAUGUGGACCAGACAUUCUAAUUAUAUUUUAAACGAAAUGUUACGGCAUAUUUUAAGCAGCUCUUUUUUAUCUAUAUUCCUGAUAUUUCAUACUGAAGACACAGAAUCCUUUCUCUUUGCUAUAAGGACUGAUCAUUUGAAAUAUUUCUCAGUCUUUGAGGUACAGGUUCAUAACACUGCUUUUUGUCUAUAAUCAUAGCCCAUAAUGGCAAAGACAACUAAAUUUAAGUGAAAGCCAUGCAUGCCAAUUCUGUGUUUGCUUUUAGCAGAUAUGAAGAUAUCCUUAUUUCAUUGUAAUUGUUCAGAUAGUUGGAAAGGUGCAACAUUCAAAGUCAAGCUUCUGUUUGGCUAUUGAAUGACUUGCAUUUGUUCCUCUGCUUUAACUGGAAUGAGCUUGGGGUGUGUGUGUGGGUGUGGGUGUGGGUGUGUGUGUGCAUGCAUGCAUGCAUGCACACACGCACAUAGCUGAUUCAUAUUUAGGAGAUAUUACAGGACACCCUGACAUGAAUCAGUGGCAACUUUAUGGCAUUGCUGAUGUGCACUGUGUAGGAGGAAAUGCACUUAUGGAAGGGGUAGAUCAGAUGCCCCGAGACAAGCUUCAGAUGCCCUUAGCUACAAGGAAGAUCUAGAUGAUGGUGGUACUGAUUCCUGAUAAAACUGGUCAUUGAAAAACCCCGAAGUAUGAGAAUCUCUUUUUGCCCCCUCUCCUUUAUUUGUAAGCUGUUAGAAAUCAUUAAGAAGCCCAUUUUACUUACCCGCUACUUCUUUCUGGAAGCUAAAGUUUUGCUUCAUGCUUCCCCCAAAAAUUUGUAGUUAACUGGGAAAAAUUGGUACUUGGGUUGGAGGCUGUAGAGAGUCGUAGGAGGUCGGUAUCUAAAUUGCAGACCAGAUUCCCCAAAGAUUCCACCCACAGUCUUUCUCUAGAUAUCAUUUUGUCCAAGUCCUUCAAUUUAAGAUGAAAGGCAGGCUGAGGCAGCCAAAUGACCAUCUGUUAAAGAGCAGGACCAGAGGAGAAACGCAGAUUUCCUCAUGUCCAUGCCCUAGGCUACCUCUCUGAGCAUUCCCUUGUUUGUGCCACAUGUACCAUUAGAAAAUAUUCAGUGGCCAUAUUUUCUUCAGAAUGAUCUUUCAACCUUCUAUAAUAAUCAAUGCAUUUCUAUUAUUAUCUUCUAUAAUAAUAAUAGAAUUUCUAUAUUUUAAAAAAAUAACAAAUAAGGACAGGUUUCUGUAUUGCCACUUUAGGGGACUUUGGUCUAGUUCAAAAUUCAAGCCUUUAACAACUGCAUUUUAAAUUGGCCCAUUUUCAAAGCAAAAAAGUACAAAAUCUGGUUGUUACUGAGCUCCUUCAGUCCUGUCAUUCAUUCACAAUUUUACCCAAUCCAGUUUUACCACAAAUGUCCCGUUGUAUUACCUUCUGCACAGUCAGCAAAUAGCAAGUCAUUCAGCAAGGAUUUGCCACCACUCCCCCCAUUCUUCCUCCCUCUUAGACACACAUGCACACACACACACACACACACACACAAUCCAUCUAUUGCUUGUUCCUACCUCCUGAUUUUUCUCCCUUACAGAAAUAGAAAUAGGGACAAAGAAGGGGAAUAUGUAUAUAUGGGGCUGGGCUGAACAACUUCAUAAGUAGUGUUAACUAGGGGUAAAUUGAGAGAAAAGUUCCUUUUCUCUUCACUGUUUUGGAAAGGAUAGCCAUUAGCAUGACUGCUUUGUGUCCUUACGGACUUUAGUAUUAGCCUAGACUGAAUCAUACAGUUUUCAAGCUGGAAGGAAUCUUCAGAUCAUAUCAUUACUCCAAAUUGCUCAUUUUCAGGCCAGGAACGGAGAUGCAAUGGUAAAGUAAUUUCCCCAAGGUCACACAGCUGGCUAGGGCCAGGGCUGGGAUUAGAACUCACAUCUCCUGGCUCCCAUUCCAAGGCCUUUCCCACUGAACUGUAUUGCCUUCCACUAGGCUCCUGAGAAUUCUUUCCCAGGGUCAUGUUGCAUCUUGGAGCCAUAUGCUGCUGCCCUGAUCUCAGUGGGAAAUCCACCCAGCAACCUAAUACAGCUCUUUCUCCAUAUAUUCACAUGAUUCCCAUCCACAUGGACUGCAGAUGUCCCCAGAGAGAAGCAGGGAUUGAGGACCAACAGAAAUAGUGGGAUUGCUGCCCUCGUCCAUCAAGCACCGGUGAUCCCUGCCCACCUUGAGGAGUCCUCAGAAGAGUCCCCGGAGCUCCUGCUCUGUUCAAACGGGAUGGGGGAAGA